UCAGCCUGUCAGGCCAUCCUUCACCCCUCUCCUCUCCCUUCAGUAAUGGCGUCGUCACUGUCCUCUCUCUUCCUCUCAAACGCUCGCCCCCUCCGCCUCUCAAACCCUAAACAUAACCCUCCUCAAUUUCACCUCCCACUCAGAAUCCCCCCCCAAACUCUAUCCUUCUCCGCCUCAAAAAACUCCUCCCAAACCCCCAAACUCAUCUCCGAUCCACCCCCGCCUCCCCCUCAGGAGAAGAGGUCGUUCGCGGUGGCCACAGGCGAGCUGUUCCUUGGCAUCGCCACGCGAAUCAUAAAGAGGCGAAACAGAAUUGUUAACGACGCGAAUUCGGCCCCGGUUGUGAUGUUUGAGGAUAAGGAGGAGGAGAGGGAGUUCUCGUACUUUUGGCGGCGGUGGAGGAGGAGGAAGGAGGACGGGGCUGCGUCGGUGGUGGUGUUGGAGGACCCGGUGGGACUGGGCGUGGUUUGGGAGCAAAGGUUGGAGGAUGUGGAGGCAGAGAGGGGGCGGAAGGUUGUGACCAGCCCCGGGUUUAGCUUCUCUGCCGCCGGACUUCUGUUUCCGUACCAUCUCGGGGUCGCCAAGUUUCUGAUUGAGAAGGGUUACAUAAAGGACACCACACCAUUAGCUGGUUCAUCCGCUGGUGCUAUUGUUUGUGCAGUGGUUGCCUCUGGAGCCAAAAUGGAAGAGGCUUUAGAAGCUACCAAAAUAUUGGCUGAAGAUUGCCGGCGAAGAGGGACUGCGUUUCGCCUAGGGGCAGUUCUAAAAGAUGUUCUUGAGCAGUUUCUCCCGGAUGAUGUACAUACUCGAUCCAAUGGGAGGGUUCGUGUUGCUGUAACAGAGAUCCUCUGGAGACCUAAAGGCUUGUUGGUUGAUAGGUUUGACUCUAAAGAAGAUCUCAUCAAUGCAGUCUUUACGUCAUCCUUUAUUCCAGGAUAUCUUGCUCCAAGACCAGCAACAAGGUUCCGGAAUCGACUUUGCAUUGAUGGGGGUUUGACUCUGUUUAUGCCACCCACAUCUGCUGCUCAAACGGUUCGUGUUUGUGCUUUCCCGGCCAACCGAUUGGGAUUUGAAGGCAUUGGAAUUAGCCCCGACUGCAACCCUGAAAACAGAGCUACACCCAGAGAGCUUUUCAAUUGGGCACUUGAGCCGGCAGAGGACCAUGUUCUUGAUAAACUCUUUGAGCUGGGAUACUUAGAUGCGGCUGUGUGGGCUGAAGAGAAUCCUGUGGAGGAAAUAGUUCGUGAUGAUUACUUGUAUACCGAGAAUGGUGCAGUUGCAUAGCAUAUCCUUCAGCAAGAGAGACAGUAUACUGGUGAAUUUACCACCCGUUUAGGUUUAAUGGGUGCAUGGAUAACUGGUACAUUUAACUAUUCUUGUAUAGUAACAUCAUUGAAUCGUUAUAAACUAGUGAUGUGAUGAAGGUAGAAGAAAAAAGCAGAAAUACAAAAUGCAGAAGUAUCAAAAUUUCAGGGUUUCACCAACCUUAUUCAUUUCAUGUUUUGUCA